AUGCUGAUGGUUCCUGGCGACUUCAGCGAGGACCUCGAAGAAGAGCUGUGGUCACUAACCAAGCAACGCGAAGAGACGGUGCAAGCUCUCAGUCACCGUUUGAAGGAGCUCGUGCUCCUCAUCGCGAAGCUUAUAACGAAUGCCGAAAUCAUUUUAAAGGUGCAGCAAUGCCGAUUUUUCAAUCGAGCCAGGCCGAUGGACUGUCAAGACAAACUUGCAUCCGCGGGCGACCACUACGACAAGCCAACGGCGAUUUUUCUGUACUCAAAGAGUCUUGAGAGGAGUGAGAAUGUCACCAGCUAG